AUGAAUAAAACCUGUUUAUCUAACAAGUAUAAAUAUCAAAUAAAACAGGCUUUGGAUGCCAAUUUCAUAGUACUUUAUCAACCUGCACCAAAUUCAUUUAUAAUUAUACAAAAAAAUGAAGAAAUUAUCAAUGAUGAAAAUAAUAAUUGUGUCAUGAAUGAUAAAGAAAAUGAACACUCAAUAACAUCAAUACAACAACAUGACAGUAUGAUUACCUCCGGUAUGAAUGUUUCUCAAGCAAGACAGUAUUCAUAUCAUCAUCGACAACGACGACGGCAAAGAUAUCGUGUAGUGAUUGGACCACAAAUAUGUAAUUGUCAAAAUGAAAUUACACAUGAAAUAGGAAUGACUAGUAAUUGUAGUAAUCCAAAAGAACCAUGCAUUCAUCUACUGUUUGUAAUGUUACACGUGCUUAAAGUCCCUAGGGAUGAUAUGUACUUGAUGGUGAUACCAUUGCCAAGCUCAAAAGCUGAAUUUUGGAUUGAAAACUAUCGUAAUUACCGUCAAUCAAUGGUCCAGUCCUAUGCUAAUAUUCGGAAAUGUUCGAAUACACUGAAAAGUGAAGAAAACCCACCAGAACAAUCUAAAUUCUCAGAAAGAGUGGUUAAUAUUGAAGCAUCGAACACACGUUUAAUCAUUCCCCAACCUAUUCGUCAUGAACACGUAGGCAAUUUAUCUCAUUUACGUGCUAUUGUUAACCCAAGUGUUCACGAUUCCACUGAAUUAUCAUCAAUCACAGAAGAUAUUGUUCCUGUAUCUAGAAGAGAAAGUGAAAGCGCUGGAGCAUGUGAUCCAAGUACUUCGUAUACAACAGCAACUUCAAGAACUAGUUCAAUUGAUAGUAUAGAGAGCUGUAAAUUAGAUUCAUCUUGUCGAUCAAAUGAUUAUCAUCGUCAUCAUCAAAAUCAUGCUACAACAGGACAUCCUAAUAAUCAAGAAAAAGUUUUAUCUUGUCGACGACCACGUACUGCACCUCAACCCGAACUUCCACCUAGACUAGGUCGUACAAGAACUAAAUUUGUCAGGCAUUCUGCUUCAUCAACAACAUUUCGUCCAAUGAGAGAUUGCAGUCCUAUACUUUUACGUGAAGGAUGUUUAACACCAAUUGAAUCUGAAGAAAACAGUAAAAAUAAUAGCUUAAAGUAUAGGAGUGGAAUUACAACAACACCGAGUAAUAAUAACAAUAAUAAUAAUAAUAAUAAUAAUAAUAAUAAUAAUAAUAAUACAAUCACUAGGCCUAUUCACAUUGAUAAUUAUGAUAAAUUACAAGAGCCAAUAACUACCAAAUCACCUAUGAAUAUGAUAAAAAACAAUCAUUUAUCGACGAUGAUGGCGACAACAACAACCGAUUGGAUAUCUAAUCCAACGUCUAAAUCAAAUUUUACACAUGCACGACGUUCAUCAUUUAAACCAAUUACUUCAGUUAAACAAAAACCUCUGUUAAAUAACACUAUGAUCAAUUCAUCAACCAUCACUAAUAAUCACAAUCAUAAUAAUAAUAAUAAUAAUAAUAAUAAUAGUAAUAGUAAUCAGACAUCUUUAACUAUGAACAAUACUACUAAUUUAAAUACUAUACCAUCAACUAAUAAUAACAAACAAAGUAUUUUUCCUUCUCAACAAAUACCAAUGACAGCAACAUCAACUCAUCUAACUGGUGGAAGUACAAUCACAAAUACUAACAGUAUAACUACACUAGAUGAAUCUACUCGAAUUUGUACUUUAUGCUUACGUGAUUGUCAUAACAGUAGGACUAAUAUUAAAAAUAUUUAUACUAUUAAUGGUAAUGGCAACCAUCUUACGUUUGAUAGCAGCAGCGGUGGUACCAAUCCUUGUAAUAACACUUUAAAUGAUUCCACAUUAGUCUGUCAGUCUAUCCUUUCAGAUUAUGAUGAGUGUAAUGAUUAUAAUACUAAUGGUAAUAUCAGUAAUGAGGAUAAUAAUACAAAUGGAGGUAAAUCCAUAUGUGGAGCUAUAUUUCAUACAAGUUGCUGUAAAAUCUGGUUAGAAGAAAUACAAAUUGAUGGUGAUUCACCUCAGUGUCCAGCAUGUGGAUGUGUAUGGAUUCAUAUACCUAAUUUCGAAAAUUCUCUAACAUAUGAUGGUGAUGAUGAUGAUGUUGAUGAUGAUAAUGAUAAUGAUAAAGUGGAUGAGAUUGAUAAAAGUUCAGAUCGUGUAAAAAUGAUUUGUUCUUCAUCUUCUUCUGAACAAAUUGACAAUCGACAAACAGAUUCAAGUAAUCAACAGACUAAAAUUCAUCAAUUCGAUGAUCAGUAUCAUCAUUGUCAAUUGUAUCGAAGACGUUAUAAUCAACAUUUCCAACAACAACAACAUGAACCACAAGAACAACAACCACAACUACGAAAACAGCAGUCGGAUGAAACUUCGUGUUGUUCACUUCAAAAUCAACCAAUCAGUUUAAAUCCUGAUACAAAUUUAACAUCAAAUAUGACUAUCGUGGAUGGUACUUUAUUGUCUGAUCCACCUUUUUCAGAAUAUAACAGUUGUGUUUCUGCCUUCUCAUUAGAAAUUGCCAAUGCUCUAGUUUCCAAUGAGUGGACAAUAAGACAGUAUGCAUUACAACAAGCAACUCAUUUAACAAUACGUCAAGUACUAUUAGCUAGACAAUGUCAUUUACACUCAGAGCAUAGUAAUCUUGUCUGUUCAGUGAAUCAUCAUAAUUCUGUAUGCGAUACACCGACCAAUUGUCAGAUGUACACAGGACCUGAUUGUGUUAGGUUAAUGUUUAAGUUAGUUCAACACUUACUGGAUGAUCCUGUAGACGCAAUAUUCACUGAUGCUUUGAGAGCUUUUCGAGAAUUACUCGGCUAUUUAGUUUGUUAUAAUAAAGAAACACAGUCAGCCUUACAAAGAGCAAUUGGUCCAAUUCUACGUCGCCUUUUAAGAUUUGUUGGUGGAUCAAGUAAUUUAUGGAGUCUACGUAGUCCAGAAACACUUUUACAUUCAAUCCAUCAUCAAGAUGAAGAAGUCAGAACAAUUGUAAACAGUAAUUUGACAAAUAUACCAGUUAAUUCAUCCCAUGUAGAUACGAAAAAACUUGAUCUACUUAUUUCUCAAACAAACCCUAAAAUUCUUGAAAAUAAUUCUACAAAGUUGAUAAGAAAAACAGAUGAAACAAAUGUGUUACAGGCGAAAUCCCAAUCAUCAUUAUCAGCUCCUGCAGCUAAUUUCCGUGAUCGUUCCAAUCUAGCUCUAGCUACACUGAUAGAAUUAGCUAAAGGUCAGUCAGGUGCUUUAGCUCUUGGCCGAGAAGUUCAAUCAGCCCCACAGUGUUUACCUGUCAGUGGAAUACAACAUAUGGUACGUUUUGUGCUAAGUUCAGCAAAAUUCCAUGCAACUCAUUUAAUCGGUCGUUUGACUAUUGUCGAUAAAUUAAUUCGUAUGCAUCAGGCAAGAAUGCAGGAAUUCAUGCCGCAGCAGCAACAACAACAAUCAGCCUCUAAUCAAGUAUUAUUAUCUAGAGAUACAAUGAACAACAAUACUACUACCAGUGAUAUAUCAUCAUCAAUCGACAAGAUAUCAGUUCAAGGUGACACACCAUCGCCAAUAUCAUCUCCAUCAGCUGAUCAGUCACUAGCUCGACGGCAUUUAUGCUCUACCAUUGUUUUUGCUAGACGCCAUUUAUUGCCUAUCUACCCUAAACCAGAUAAUAUGAUAAUGUGUUUCCCGCAUCAUUAUCAAUUACAAUCAACUGAUAUACAUGGCACGAUGGCGAAAUUAACUGGUGCAGGAACAGCAAUAACAACGACUGGUCAUCAAUGGCAGCAAUUGUUCCCGGUGUAUAAUCAACAAUAUGGAUUGGGUGAUGUCAACUACUUUCAUCAAACUCAAUAUAAAGCUAAUCGAAUUGCUAGACGUGUAUUUCUCACUGCAUCCAGAGCAUUACUUACAUGGCGAAAUGAAGAGAUUAUUACUGACCGAUGUGAUCCCCUCCCACCAUCUGCAUUUAACGCCAAAUCGUUUAUUGAAUCAGAAAUUAAUCGACUAGAUGCACCAUUAGCGACAUGGUUUAGAAAUAGACUAUGUCUAUUACUCUAUACAAAUGAGACAUUUAAUAUGCAUGGAAAUGCUGACAGUAAUAAUUUUAUCGCCUCAUUAUCAAGUCAGAUAAGUGAUGUUAAACAACAAGGACAACAACAGAAAAAGUGUUUGCCACCACAUAGAACCGGUAUUCUGUCAUCCUCAUACUCAACUAGCAGGAACAGCAAAAAUAAUACAAAUGGGGGAGAGCAUAAACUAUUCGAAGAAGUGAAUUCACAUAAAAAUCCAUCAUAUGAACAACAGAAAGAAGAACCAUUUGUUCGUAGACUGUCUUGUUCUCCAGAUGCACAACCAACCUGUCAUAAUUCAUCUUCUCCUUCUUCUUCUAUGUGUUCUUCUAAAUUACCACCGAUCCCACCACCAAGAAAACUGACAAUAAACAAUUUUGAGUUGAUCGAUAAUAAGAAGGAAGAUUCAGUCAAGUUGGACACAUUGAAAAAUGAUAAUGAUAAUAAUGUUGCUACUGCAACUGAUAAUGAUGAGGAGGAUGAAAGCAAGAAAAGGAUAAAAUGUCAAAUUUUGAACUCAUCCUUUUUACGUAUUGCACUGGAACCAGCCUAUGAUCUAGUCCCUUUAUCUGAAUCUGGUCAUUAUAGUAGUCCAAGUGAAUUUGAAGAUGAUGAAGAGGAGGAUGUUGUUAUUGACGAAGAUGGAACUAAUGAUAAUGAUGAUGAUGAUGAUGAUGAUGAUGAUAGUCAUGAUGGUGCUGAUAAUAAACUAAAUCAUCUUAAUGAACCAAUUUAUAAUGGUCGAUCACUUGGUUCUGAGGCUGAUCUACACACUGAACAAGUUACAGUAUUAAGAAAUGCUUUAUCACGUUCAACACAUCCAUUGAAACCAUUAUUACCAAUACCUGGUUUAUCAUUUGUAAUGAAUUCAUUUCAACAGACAAAAAAAUUGCCUAGCUCUGAUGAAUAUUAUGAAUCAAUCGAUUGGAUACGUGGACCAAUUCUUGGUCAAGGUGCAUUUUCACAAUGUUAUCAAGCACGUGAUGUUAGAACUGGUCUUCUGUUAGCUGUGAAACGUAUACGUCUUGGACGAAAUGGUAUGUUUUCAUAUUUCACAGAGAAAAAUAAAUCACAAAAUAAUAAUCAACAGAAACUCUAUAAAAAUGAAUCAGGAAUAAAUAAUAAUAAUAAUAAUAAUAAUAAUAAUAAUAAUAAUAAUAAUAAUAAUAACGAUAAUGAUAAUCAUCCAAAUCAAUUUCAUCAUCGUCCAUUAUCACCAACAUCAUUGAAUCAAUUAACUGAAGUUGAAACAGAAGUACGCAUAAUGCUACAAUUAGAUCAUCCAAAUAUUCUACGUUUAUUUGGUGCUGUUCAUUGUAUAAAACGUGGAUUUGUUGAUUUAUUUAUUGAAUGGAUGCCAGGUGGUAGUAUUACAAGUCUAUUACAGCAAUAUGGUGCAUUCAAUGAGUCGAUUACACUAAAUUAUGGUGUACAAUUAAUACGUGGUUUAGCCUAUUUGCAUAAACAUGGUAUAUUACAUCGUGAUUUAAAAGGUGCUAACCUCUUAAUCGAUAGUUCUGGAACUGUUAUCAAAAUAUCCGAUUUUGGAGCUUCAGCUCGUUUAAGUGGUGAACAAAGUGUUGCUGGUCAAUUCCAAGGACAAGUUAUUGGAACAUUUUCAUUUAUGGCACCAGAGGUACUUCGUGGUGAAACAUAUGGUAGAGCUUGUGAUAUCUGGUCAGUUGGAUGUUGUCUCAUUGAAAUGCUUACCAGUAAACCACCAUGGCAUGAUGCUAGACUGACAAAUCGUUAUGCUCUGAUGUACACUAUUGCCACUUCUAAUUCACCACCAACAUAUCCAAAAGAUUUGACUACUGAUCUUAUCACAGUACUAGACGCAUGUUUUGCACGUAAUCCAACUGAUCGUCCAACAGCUAAUCAGUUGUUAACUUAUAAGGUAUUUGCUCGUCUUAUUAGUCAACAGUCAACUUUUUCACUGGAAGAAAUGAAGACACAACCCCCUCCACCACCACCGCCUCCACCAUCUUCAUCAUCUUCAUCACCAGUACUGUUGAAUACAACAGAUAUGUGUAAAAAUGAAAGAAAUCGUACAAAAUUAAAUGGGAAAUCUUCAUUCAGUUAUCAACGUUUUUUGAAAACAUUUCAAUCAAAUAAAAUUAAUUCCUUAUCAAAUCCUAAAAAAACGAUAACAGUCGAAGAAGGAGACGAAGAAGAAGAAGAAGAGAUGAUACAUGAUAGUGAAUAUGAUAAUAAGAUUGUAAAACAUCAUCAGAUUACUUUACCAUCAAUGGUUACAUCGACUAAUAUUAGAUAUCUUCAUCGUCUUCCUCCUGAUCUACAACAUCAUCUUCAACAACAAACACAACAGAAAAGUCAACAUAUUAAUCAUAAUGGUGAAUUUUUAUUGACCAGACGACAAAAAUUCAAAAAACCAACUUUAUCUGCAAUAAAUUUUCAUAUUAAACAUCGUUCACGUACUCCUGUUGCUCUUUCAUCCAAGUAAUAAUGAUCUCUAAGCAAUGGAUUACAUGUACUAAGUUUUUAGCAUGAAAUUGUUUAACUUUGCAUUGACAACUCCAAUAAAUUCACAGGGGAAAAAAUUUAUUAGGUAUAUCCUCAGAAUAUGAUCAAAUUUUAUUCAUCUCAUCUAUCUAUACUGAUGAAUUGUGAUUAACAAUGUAUAGUGGUGGAAUUUUAAGGUGUAAAUAAUUUCUUCCUUUUUUAUUUGAAACAAAUGUUUAUAAUACUUAUUGAUAAGAAGAGGAAGCAUUUUUCAAAGACAUUUCAGGUCUCUUUGCUUAUUUCUGUUUCUAAAUAAUAGAAAAAAUGCAUUUUUCUUUUCUGUUUCUAAUAGGCUUUUAUUUGUUAUAACGAUUAGUUACUUGUUAACUUUUCUACAAAUAUAUCACUUAUAUCAUUUUCUCCCUCAUUCCCUACCUUGAAUCACUCAGUCAAUUUAUCAAACAGUUAACCAAUCAAAUGCUUAUUCACUUUUCGACCUUAUUCAUUGAUUAUCUUUGCUUAAUUUUACUCUUAAUAUUGUAAUCCAAUCAAAAUACAGAAUUCUAGCAUUUCUAGGUAACACUUUACAGUAUGCUAAUCAUAUGAUGCAAUGAAUAUUUCUAAAAACCUUUAUACGUGUAUAUUUGUAUCAAUUUGUCUAUCAGAUAGUUAUUUCGGUGUGCCACAAAAA